AUGAAGGCACUCGCUUCAAUUCCAGUGUGCUAUCCACAGAGCUCAAGCAAACAGGGCCUUGCUAAGCUGCGCAUAGAAGAGAUCGGAGAAUUUCAGAGCGAAAGUCUUCUGUCCGCAAAGUCGGCAGACAUGUUGUGGCUUGCCGGGCAGUUCAUUGGUUUGGCAGAGACUCCCCCAGGCUGGAGUGGUUUCAUGACGAUGCUGACGGAAAAUCUCCAAAACUACGAAGUUUCCUCUGUGUUGCCUCUUCCCUUCCUUAAUCUCCCACCGUCAAAGCCGACAACAAUUUAUUCUGUCCUGAGAUAUUCCGCAGAGGAUGCAGCGAAAAGAAAUCAGCACUGCCUUGUAACUUUUGACCAGCCUUUGUACGUGAAAGCAGUUGACCUCGUGCUAGCCGAAGAACCGAACGGCCCUUUAAAAGCAGUAACUCCGCGGGAAGGUGGAUUCCACAUGUUUGUGUCUUACAUGGGGGCUGUAGGCCACACCAUGGCAGGCAGCGGGCUGGAAGAACUGUGGCAGACUGUCUAUGGCAAAUGUGCUGUCAGUCACAUGAUUUCAGGGCACGCGUAUUCCAGAGCAUGGCGUGCCCAUUCACUCACUCAGCAAGCCAUUGCUACAUUGCUCCUUGAGGACGAAACUUUAGGCGAAAGGGCCAUGCAUACUGAUGACAUCAAAGAGCUUUGUUCAGUGUACCAGCAAGCUUUAGACAAGCAGCUGAACCCGGAAGACAGUGGUGCCGUCCAGAAGCUGGUGACAACAAUGGAGGAGAAAUUAUCAACGGCAGCGGAACGAGGACGAACUGGAAGGUUGUGGGUUCAAUAUUUUAAGCAACAAAUGUCACAGCUGGAGUCCAGAAUGAGCGUGGAGGACUACGACAAGUUCGUUGUGAAGUCAUACUUUGCUAUCCGAAGAACCAGGCCCAAAUUUAACCAUUUCGCGAGAACUGCUCUCUUACACAAGGUUGUUUGGAAGGCGCAAGCAACCUUCAACUCAAUCUGUGAAGACUAUCUCGGCUACUUACAAAGGCAGUACGGAGAUUCCGAGUCAAUAUGUGUCGUAUUCGACGGCUACCUGCAGAACUCUACGAAGGACGAGGAACGACUGCGACGGAGCGUGAAAAACUACUGUCCAGACACUGUAGUUCAGGGCAGUGUCACUUGCACACACAGCCAGCAAAAGUUUCUCAGCAACGAGAAGAACAAGAACAGCUUCAUUGCUUUGCUGUCAGCUCAACUUCAGAAACACUCCAUCCACGUCGUUCGAGCCGAGAGUGACGCCGACACCACAAUCGUGCGCACAGCUGUUCAGCGACCUCGUUCGGUGAUUGUUGGAGAAGACACCGACCUACUGGCUCUUUUAAUAGCGUUGAGUCCUCCGGAUUCUGAUGUACUCCUUCUCGUUCCUGGCAAAACAGCGCAGCAGGCGAAAAUCUACAGUUCUGUGUGUAUACAGACAAAACUGAACGAGGCAGGCCUUUCAGGAUUAGUGCUCUUUGCGCACGCUGUGUCGGGUUGCGACACAACUUCUUCAAUUUUCAAGAAAGGCAAAGUAACAGUGUGGAAGAAGAUAAAAGACUGCAACAGCGCGGACCGGAAUGAACUGCGUCGAUUCAAUGAAGCCAAUUUGGACCAACAAGAAGUUCAGCGGAUCGGCGAGAAGUUCCUUCUGAAGCUGUAUGGAGCGAGGCAAGAGAGAAACCUGAACACGCUGAGACACGUUCUGUACCAAAGAACUGUCGCUCGCCAAGAUCCUGGAAAGGUUCAAAAAGGAUUCGAGAUGGCGUCCUUCCCACCCACGUCCGAAGCGGCACACCAGCAUGCACUGCGAGUCUAUCUGCAGGUCCAAGACUGGCUGGGAAUGAAGUUAAGACCAGAAGAGUGGGGUUGGUCCCAAGACCAACAAUCCGGACGGCUGUAUCCAGUUCCAACUUUGAAGCCUACAGCGCCUGAAUUCCUCUUAAAAAUGGCAUACUGCAGUUGCAGCUCAGAUUGCGGUAACCGAUGCCCCUGCAGGCCAAACAAGUGCACCACCAUGUGCAACUGUUCGGGGCACGCGUGUGGCAACGCCGUCGCCGAGGAGGACGUUGCAGAACAACUCGAAGCAGAUCCAGAUGACCCGGAGGUGAUGCAGCUGUGACGAGGAGGACAGAGCAGGCAAGGUGAUGAUGCGGCGGGCAGGG